CUCCUGACGUCACCGGUUCCGUCCCAACACGGAAAUAUGGAAUAGUGACACGAACGGUUGCGUUGCUGUUAUUAUGGAUUUAAAGCGGUACCACUGGCUUAGAUUUCACCGUGUUUGUUAACUAUCCGCGCGGCUUUCGCGAUGUUAAACGGCCGGUGCUAACUUAAUCUGUCAGAUGGACGCCCGUGCUGGAAAUGGAGAGAGAGUUCGACCUCUGUUGUUAGUUCAGUAGCUUUAACGUUAGUCCUCCGUUUGUUCACAGCCAUGAAAGAAAGUGUUUCGGGGGUCACGGGAUCUCUGGGACGCCUGCUUCUGUCUCUUCUCCUGUUGUCCUGGGAAGGCAAACUAUUUCAGGUUGGAGGGGUCAGAUCAGUCACCCUCCCAGAAUCCCUCCUGUUCGUCUCAACACUGGACGGUAGUCUGCAUGCUGUCUCCAAACAGUCAGGAGACAUCAAGUGGACCCUAAGAGAAGACCCCAUUAUUCAAGUACCCGUCUACCUCACAGAGCCGGGUUUUCUCCCAGACCCAAACGAUGGCAGCUUGUAUGUUCUGGGCGGCAAGCACAAGGAAGGCCUGAUGGUAACGACUGCAGUGUGUGUGUGUUUGUGUGUGUUAGUGUGUCGGUUUUCACGUUAUGACCCCGUUGUUUGGAUGUAUCUGCAGAAACUGCCUUUCACCAUCCCAGAGCUGGUUCAGUCAGCUCCCUGCAGGAGCUCUGAUGGUAUUCUCUAUACAGGUAAAAAGCAGGAUGUGUGGUUCGUGGUGGAUCCUGAAACAGGUGAGAAGCAAACCAGUUUAACCACCUCCUCCUCUGAAUCCAUCUGCCCCAACACUCCUCUGCUCUACAUUGGACGCACAGAAUACAUGGUUACCAUGUUUGACACCAAGACACAGGAGCUGCGGUGGAACGCUACAUACAAUGAUUACUCAGCUCCACCUUACGAUGAGAAACAAGACUACAAGAUGGCCCAUCUUGUGUCGAGUGGUGAUGGUCUCGUUGUGACAGUUGACAGAGAGUCAGGUGACGUCUUGUGGAGUCAGAACUACGGAUCGCCCGUCGUCGGGGUCUACCUGUACUCUGGCGACUCACUAAGACACGCCCCCCACCUGUCCCUCGCCAUGGAAACGCUACGCUUCCUCACCUUCUCCUCUGCCAACGACCAGGCAGACGCACACUCUACAUUGAAGUGGAGCUAUCAGUUUGUGAAGGAGCAAGCCAGCGCACAAACACAACUUGUACCCACUCUCUAUGUAGGAAAAUUGGACACCCACCUCUAUGCCUCCACCUCCCUUGUCCACCAUGGAGUCUCAUUAGUGCCUCGAGGACUGACCUUGGCUCGAAUUGAGGGUCCAGUGACAACCGGAGUGACGGUCAGUGAGCGAGGGGAGUGUGAGAUCACACCGUCUACUGAUGUGCGCUAUCCUCCAGGGAGCACAAACAGCCGGAAAAACCACUGGCUGCUAAUAGGUCAUCACGAGCUCCCCCCAGUAGCUCACACCACCAUGCUGAGGGAUUUCCCUGUCAACCUGCAGCGUUCGGGUGAGGCAGUCAUCCCCCCUCGACCUUCUGCCUCCCCUGUCUCUCCUGCCUCGUACUACCACCAGCGCUACUUCCAGACAGUUGCUGGUAGCCAUAGCGACACUAAUGCUAAUAGAGGAGGGGUUGAUGGGAGGACAUCAGGACAGGCCCAGAGGCCGGCCACUGUGCUGCCGGUCUAUAUGACUCAGGACCGUCUUACUCUGGCUGUUCUGACGCUGCUGCUGGGAGGAUGGCUGGCCUUCGCGCUCACGUACCCCAUUCGUGCAGCCCAGCAGCUGAAAGCUCAAAGGCAGCUGGAGGAGGCUUUUGAGUCUCGGCUCCAGCGCAUGCAGACCAACAUGCAGACCAACAUGCAGACCAACAUGCAGAACAACAUGCAGACCAACAUGCAGACCAACAUUCAGACCAACAUGCAGACAAACACGCAGACCGUGACCUUGGUUUCUUUAGAGACAACCCAUUGUACUGACACAAACCUUUCCAGUGACUCUCAGUCUGCAUCUGCGGACCCUCCACCUAGUCCUCACACUCACAGCAGCAGCAACUCAGAUGUCGAUAAAAAUGGCACCAAUGGGCUCAAACCCACAGCAGAAGGAAACAGUGAGGAGGUGCAGGUGGGAAAAAUCUCCUUCACUCCAUCCGAGGUGCUUGGACACGGCACAGCGGGAACUUUUGUCUUCAGGGGUAACUUUGAUGGACGCCAGGUAGCGGUGAAGCGAAUACUGCCGGAGUGUUUUGAGGUAGCAGAACGUGAGGUGCAGCUCCUCAGAGAGUCUGACACACACCCGAACGUCAUCCGAUACUUCUGCACAGAGAGAGACCGCCUCUUCACUUACAUCGCCAUCGAGCUGUGCGCUGCAACCCUGCAACAGUAUGUGGAGGAUCCAUCUUGUUUUCCUAAGCUGAAUCCUAUAACUCUUCUGGAACAAACCAUGUGUGGCCUCUCGCACCUCCACUCGCUCAACAUAGUCCAUCGUGACCUGAAGCCUAGAAACAUCCUCCUUUCUGGUCCCAGUGCGCUGGGUCGGGUCCGAGCUCUCAUCUCUGACUUUGGACUCUGUAAGAAGAUCCCAGACGGUCGGACCAGCUUCUCUUUGCGGUCAGGAAUUCCAGGAACUGAAGGGUGGAUAGCUCCCGAAGUACUGCGGGAUACUCCCUGCAACAAACCGACAGCAGCGGUGGACGUGUUCUCAGCAGGCUGUGUGUUCUACUACGUGGUCAGCAGGGGGCAGCACCCUUUUGGGGAUGCUUUGAGACGACAGGUCAACAUCCUGUCAGGAGAAUAUACACUCUUGCAUUUUAUGGAGGAUAUACACGAUAACGUCAUAGCACAGGAUCUGAUUGAGCAAAUGAUCAGCGCUGAGGCCGAGUCCCGCCCCUCCACCGCCUGUGUGCUCAAACAUCCGUUCUUCUGGAGCCCCGAGAAGCAGCUGCUCUUUUUCCAGGACGUGAGUGACCGCAUAGAGAAGGAGCCAGCCGACAGUCCGAUUGUGGUCAGACUGGAGACUGCAGGAAGAGCAGUGGUUCGAACCAACUGGAGGAUGCACAUAUCUGUGCCUCUGCAGACAGACUUGAGGCGCUUCAGGACAUAUAAAGGAAACUCGGUCAGAGAUCUGCUGAGAGCCAUGAGGAAUAAGAAGCAUCACUACCACGAGUUGCCACCGGAGGUGCAGGAGACUCUCGGCGAGCUGCCCGAAGGCUUCGUCAGCUACUUCACCUCACGGUUUCCACGGUUACUGAUGCACACACACGCUGCUCUGCACAUCUGCAGCCACGAGAGACUGUUUCACCCCUACUAUCUGCCCCCCAACGGCAAAUAGCAUCCGCAAGACACUCUGUGUACACACACACACACACACACAGACGGUGUACUUUUUUGUGGGCAAAAGAAAUCCCUGACAGUGCCCCAUUAUUGCUUUUGUAAAGCCCAUACUGUUUACUGGGGGAAGAUACAGUGCUGUGAAAAAGUUUUUAUAUGCCUUGAGUUGUUUUAUAGAUUCAAUUUAUUUUUCUGCCGCUAUUGAUCAAAAAGUGAUUUUUAAAAUUAAAUUAAAAGGCACUCAGAGUGCACAGCUCCCCAAAAGCUGCAUACAUUUGUUAUAUCAAUAAUAGAAAAUGUUUUUAAACUAUAUCUUAAUGUGUAACUCCAUCAGAAUACACACAAUGAAAGAUUUAAUUAAGUGAAUGCGUUUCUCCCAAACCAACUCAGGAAAAAGGCUUUCGGUGAAUUUUAUAAAGUUCACCAAAAUGUUCAAGACAUUAAGUGAUUCUUUCUUUUGCUGAAGUGCUGCCUGAUUUUGUUUUGGGGAACAAACACAUUGCAGUUCUUGAAUGAAGAGAUCUGGAGAACACAGUUAAAGAAGAGCUUUUUAAUAAGGUGCAGCAAAAAAAUAUCUAUAACUGUGUGUGCUGAUAUGUGGAGAUUCCUUCAUCCUUAUUCUACAUUGCAGUCUUCAUAAGUUUUGUUUUAUGUGACAGAGCAACCAACUAAAAUCCAUUAUAGGAGAAGUGCACCUGUUUUCUCUCAAGUGCAAUAGUUUGCACUUGAGUUUGGAAUAAAGCAAAAAUGUUCCAUAAUGGCUGAAAAUGCCCUAAAACAAAUCACUUGUUCCUUGACCCAUUCCGCCAGAUUUCAUUAAAAUAUGUUGAUACUUUUUUUUUAAAAUAACCUCUUUGACAGAAGGAAUUAUUUUAAAGGUAUUUUUUUAGAUUAUCUUUUGCGCGUUUUUACCUUUUUACUGAAUAAUUAAUAGUAUAGAGACAGACAGGAAACUUGGGGAGAGACAGGCAUCACACGCACACACAGGUCUCCAACAUAAGGCCCUGUAAUUCCUAAAAAGUUUGUCUAAAACCUAUAUAAUGAUAUAUAAAAUUACCUUAAAAUAAUAGGAAAAUGGCAUUUAUUUUAUGAUGAUACACAUAUGAAAUAAAUAAAAAACAGUGUGCUCAGGCCUCACACUCAGGUUGUAGCUACAUGUUUCAAACUAAAUUGCAGUUGUACCAGUAAUUCAGACUUCUAGCCAUUACAACCUUAAAACAGAUCAUCUCAGGGUGUCAAAUUAAUUCUGAUUUGGUUCACAUGAGCAUAUUAUUGUGGAAGUUACUGUUCACCCAGUAAUUGCUGUGGAGUCCAGAUUAAAUAGCACCACAAACAGUAUGUGAGGUGCACAAACUUUGUCACAGCACUGUAGGUAACACAGAUAUUGGACAGCAGGUUUCAUAAAAAUGUUACAAGGCUGCAUGUCCAAGAAGAAAUCUCUGUUUUUACCAGUUAGUUAAACAGUUUAGUUUCCCCCCCCCCCCAUCCCUGUUGCUGCUGUGCUUCUCUCAGCUCCUCUGUAGAAAGUGCCAAAGACUCCACAAUAUUUACUUUGUUGUUUGUUUUUAUGUAUUUGAUGUGUGUGUUUUAUGUGUGUCUGUUACUGCAUUGCUGAAUGUAGCUGCACUGACUGAAGAAUGUCCUGAGCCUUGUUUUUCAGGCAGUACAUGGAGCAGAAUAGUCAAAUAUCAUUGAUCAUUGGCACUGUUAAAAUGUGGGCAAUGUGCAUAUGCUGCGAAAAUCAGAUUUAGCACCAGUGUGUGCAAGCAAUAAUGUAACAAUGGCAAGUGUCCAUUUCAUUUUUAAUUUUACCCAUUUUUAACAGAAAUGCAGUAUAUUUCACCACUCCUGAAUGUUGGUUUUGCUUUGAGCUUUUCAGCUCAUCCAGCCUCACAAAAUGCCACUAAAUGCUCUCAGAGCCAUGUGAGAUCUCUCUGCAGGUCUGCAGUAGAAUGAAUGAUGAAGAAUCUAACUUUUGUACCUUUUUUUUGAAUGAGUGAAUAAAAUUGAUGCUUUGGGUGUGCCAAAGAAUGAAGUAAA